AUGCCAAGCAGCCUCCAAGCCCUUGGGCGCAACCUUCCACUCCACCGGUCCAAGAAAGCGAGCUAUAUACUGUCGUGCAAGGCCACCGAUGGCCGCCGUGACGUGCUCCUCCGCCUCGCGGGCGGAGUUGCGACGGCGGGCCUGUCCGAACUCCGUGGCGCACUUGCGAAGCCCAUCCAGUCCCCGGACUUUGGCAAGUGCCAGCCAAUCGAUGAUCCCGACAAGAUUCCCCAAGUAAAAGACACCAUGUGCUGCCCCAAGUACGACGACAGAAUCCCAAUCCCCGACUUCAAGCUGCCCCCGCUCUCAUCGCCGCUCCGUGUUCGGCCAGCGGCCCACCUGGUAGACCGCAACUACCUCGCUAAGUAUGAGAAAGCCGUGAAGCUCAUGAAGGAGCUGCCCGAUGAUGAUCCCCGCAGCUUCUCGCAGCAGUGGCACGUGCACUGCGCAUACUGCGAGGGCGCAUAUGAACAGAUCGGCUACCCGAAACUGAAGAUCGAUAUACACAGGUCCUGGCUCUUCUUCCCAUGGCACAGGUUGUACCUCUAUUUCUACGAGAGGAUCCUUGGUAAUCUCAUCGACGACGACACCUUUGCACUGCCGUUUUGGAACUGGGACGCGCCCCACGGCAUGACCCUCCCGGUGAUGUACACCGGUGAGUCUUCGCCACUCUAUGACUCCAAGCGUAACCCCAUGCACCUGCCACCAGCCAUUGUCAACCUCGACUACAACCACAAAGACUACCACUCCGGGACCGACCCCAAGAUCUCAACAGAAGACCCGAUCGACCUGAACCUCAAGGUCAUGUACCGCCAGGGGCGGAGCCAGGAAUUUUUGCCAUUGGGUUCACUCACUAACUCGUUAUAA